AUGACGCCACGAGCUCAGAGUCGAAGGAAUAGCCUGGAAAGACUUCCGAGGUAUGCUAGAAAGAAAGCAUUCGAGGCACUGACGUUCAGGGUCAAAACUCGCAAUCGCCUGUGUCACGUCGCAAAGGGUGCCCACAACAUGACUCAUACCCAAAUUUCGACAGACGAGGACCUGUCGUUGUUUUCCAAACACCCUUCAGAUUCCCUCAGCCUCUUCUUGUCACUGUCAGCAGCCAGCUUCUUCUUAUCCUGUUCGGGCUUGUUCGUACAACUUCCGGCGCAGCUCUACGAUCUCAGCUCCUUUAGUGCUGUCUGUACCAGUAUCGUCUAG